UCGGCGGCGAUUGGAGUAGAGGUGGAGGAGGAGAAGAAGAUAGGGGUCGGGUACAAAAACCAAGAGGGCGGCGGCGGCAGGCGCAGACUCCUAGGAAAGACAAGAGACAAGGCGGCGCGCGGCGAGAUGAAGGCGACGUUGACGGGUCGCUUCGUGGGCGACAAGGCGACGGCCGCCACCACCCUCGUCGUCCCCGCCGCCGGCGACCUCCGCCUCAAGGCCUCCGCCACCGAAGCCACCUUCUCCAACGGACCCUCCCUCCUCGGCCUCACCCUCACCCUCGAGAAGCCCGGCUCCUUCCUCAUCGACCUCAAGCCACACAACCGAGAUGUGCGCUUCCAGUUCAUGAAUUCGGCGCUCGUGCUCGACAAGCGCGUCAGCCUCACCUACACGCACUCCACCAGCCUCGCCCCCGCCGCCGCGCCGCCCUCCCGCACCGCGCUCGACUGCACCGUCACCUUCGAUCCGGCCAACAAGGUCAACUUCUCCCACGCGCUCGGCUCCGGCGGAUGCCGCGUUAAGUACACCUAUGCGCACGGGACCGACCGCCUCACCACCAUCGAGCCCCUCUUCGACGCCAAUAAGAACGCCUGGGAGUUCGCCGUCACCAGAAAGUUCCAGGGUGGGGACGCUGUCAAGGGCACCUACCACGCGUCCACUAAGCUGCUCGGCCUGGAGUGGAGCAGGGACUCCAAGGCCGGCGGCUCCUUCAAGGUUGCAACAUCGUUUGAUUUGUCUGAUCAAAGCAAAGUACCGAAGCUAAUAGCGGAGAGCACUUGGAAUUAUGAAAUUUGAUGUGAUUACCUCGGGCAGCCGGCAGCUCCUUCCUAAAAUUGUAGCACCCUUCUCAUACUGCUUAUUGUAUCUCGUACUAUGGAGCUAUUCUUUUUGGGUGCGCCAUGAUGAUUUAUAUUCGGUUCUGUUGUUCA